AAUAUAUUUUGUUGAAAUGUAAUUUUGUGAGCUGCCGUCCGCUGUGGAUGCACUUUGAAUGUUUUGACGGAGUCGUACAUCUUCGUGUUCCGUCGUGCAUUUCCGUAGUUAGUUGUUGCUCGUCUAUGGUUUAAACGGUGAUUGACUAUAAUGGCGACGCGUUGAUACUGAGUUGAGUAUAUGGAGCCGUCUCCGACAGACAAAGGAAAAUCGUUGGACUUUGAUUUUUCUGCGACACUGAAACGCGACGUUGAGGAUGCGCGACCAAAGAAACGAGUAAACCGGGAACGUUAAUGAGGAGGAGCCACAUUUUUUAUGGUUAGCACUGCUAUUGUUAGCAGCUUUGCUAGCUAGCUAAGUUGAAGAGAGGUGCCAUUCUUGUGAGCGAACUGGGGGAGAGGGGUGGGAAAAAAAGUCUGCCGAACAGUGUAGCAGAACCGAACACACAGACUUUCUACUUAUUUUGUAUUAUUUUUGGGAUAAAUUAGCUCAAUUGAGGAGCCAGUACUCGGUGAGUGUUGCUAGCUUGUUUUUGAAGCAGAAUUCCGCUCUCUCCAUGGGAGCGAACUAAACCAGGGAGCUCGCGGCUUUGGACUCUUCCCGUCCGUUUCCCCCCAGCUGGAAUCCGCUACCUCCUCCACCGCUGGACCCACAGCUAGCUACCCAAGGAGGGUGCUAGCUUCGUAUUUUUUUUUAAUUUUUAUCAAGAAUUGUUGUGGGAUUGCGAAACCUCUUCGUAGAUGACCACCGGUAGGAAUAACCGAGCCAUGAUGGAAGGAGUCGGAGCCAGAGUGGUCCGCGGACCCGACUGGAAGUGGGGGAAGCAGGACGGCGGAGAGGGACACGUCGGUACCGUCCGGAGCUUCGAAAGUCCAGAGGAGGUGGUGGUUGUGUGGGAUAACGGAACCGCCGCCAACUAUCGCUGUUCCGGAGCCUAUGACGUGAGGAUCCUGGACAGUGCUCCAACAGGCAUCAAACAUGAUGGAACCAUGUGUGACACCUGCCGUCAGCAGCCCAUUAUUGGUAUUCGCUGGAAAUGUGCAGAGUGCUCCAAUUAUGACCUCUGCACAACAUGUUACCAUGGAGACAAGCAUCAUCUCAGACACCGGUUCUACAGGAUCACUACCCCAGGCAGUGAAAGAGUUCUUCUGGAGUCGCGUCGGAAGUCAAAGAAGAUCACAGCCAGAGGGAUCUUUCCUGGAGGCCGGGUGGUGAGAGGAGUGGACUGGCAGUGGGAAGACCAGGAUGGAGGGAAUGGGAGGAGAGGAAAGGUGACGGAGAUCCAGGACUGGAGCGCAGCCAGCCCCCACAGUGCUGCCUACGUACUUUGGGACAACGGGGCCAAAAACUUGUACCGAGUCGGCUUUGAGGGAAUGUCGGACCUGAAGUGUGUCCAGGACGCCAAAGGAGGCUCGUUUUACAGGGAUCACUGUCCUGUGUUGGGUGAGCAGAAUGGGAACAGAAAUCCAGGAGGUCUUCAGAUAGGAGACUUGGUCAACAUUGAUCUCGAUCUGGAGAUCGUUCAGUCUCUUCAACACGGCCACGGGGGCUGGACCGACGGCAUGUUCGAAACCCUCACCACCACGGGGACCGUGUGCGGCAUCGACGAGGACCACGACAUCGUGGUUCAGUACCCCAGCGGAAACAGGUGGACAUUUAACCCAGCCGUGCUGACGAAGGCCAACGUAGUGCGCAGCGGCGAGGUGGCGGCCGGCGCAGAGGGAGGAAGUUCCCAGUUCCACGUGGGAGACCUGGUCCAGAUCUGCUACGACAUCGACCGCAUAAAGCUGCUGCAGAGAGGCCACGGCGAGUGGGCUGAAGCCAUGCUGCCUACCCUGGGCAAGGUAGGCCGUGUGCAGCAGAUCUACUCUGACAGCGACCUGAAGGUUGAAGUUUGUGGGACUUCUUGGACAUACAACCCGGCUGCCGUUACUAAGAUUGCCCCCUCUGGCUCUGCUGUCAGCAAUGCCUCUGGAGAGCGCCUGUCCCAGUUAUUGAAAAAAUUGUUUGAGACGCAAGAGUCCGGAGACAUCAACGAGGAGCUGGUCAAGGCGGCGGCCAACGGAGACCUGGCUAAAGUGGAAGACAUCCUGAAGAGACCAGAAGUGGAUGUGAAUGGACAGUGUGCUGGACACACUGCUAUGCAGGCAGCAAGUCAGAACGGUCAUGUGGAUGUCCUGAAACUUCUCCUGAAGCACAACGUGGACCUGGAGGCCGAGGACAAAGAUGGCGACCGAGCAGUGCACCACGCCGCCUUUGGUGAUGAGGGCUCCGUCAUUGAGGUUCUGCAGAGAGGUGGCGCCGACUUGAACGCGAGGAACAAGCGGCGGCAGACUCCGCUACACAUAGCUGUCAAUAAGGGCCAUCUGCAGGUGGUUAAAACCCUGUUGGAUUUCGGAUGCCACCCCAGCCUUCAGGAUUCGGAGGGCGACACGCCCCUGCAUGACGCCAUUAGCAAGAAGAGAGACGACAUGUUGUCCGUUCUGCUGGAGGCCGGUGCAGACGUCACCAUCACCAACAAUAACGGCUUCAACGCCCUGCAUCACGCGGCGCUCCGGGGGAACCCCAGGUGUGUGGCGCUAGUGUUCUGUGUUUGUCUUCUGUCCAAACAACGUAGACAGAAAAAAAAUAAUUUGAAGGUUUGGUCAUUUAUAGUUUCUACUGAAUUUUAACAGACACUUUCUAUGAGCGAGAUAUUUAACAUAC